AUGGCCGCUCUGGCUAAAUCUCUCUCCUCUCCCCGUCCUGGUUGGUUUGGCUCCAAGCCCUGUAAAUGGCAAGUCGUUAAUUGUGAUUCCUCAGGCAAAAUCAGCUCGAUUAGUCUCCCUUCCAUGUCUCUCACGGGCAAAUUUGAACCAACUUUCCAAUCUCAAAUCCCUUCACCUCCAAAACAAUCUCCAGGCCCCUUGCCGUCUUUAUCCAACCUUGCUUCCCUCCAAGACGUCAAUCUUGAUGGCAAUAAUUUCAGUUCUAUCCCUCCUGAUUUUCAGUCAGGAUUAACAAGUUUACAAACAUUUAGCAUUAAUAAUAACUCAAAUCUCCCACCCUGGAAAAUCCCUGAUACCCUCAAGGAUUCAACAUCCCUUGUUAGUUUUAAUGCAGGGAAAGCUAAUCUUGUCGGCCAAAUUCCAGAUAUUUUUGGAUCCUUUCCAAAAUCUAUGGCUCAACAAUCAGACAUGGGACUUUCAGGCACGAUAGAUGUCAUCGGGAUGAUGUCACAGUUAACAAAGGUUUGGCUUCAUGUCAACGAGUUUUCAGGUCCAAUUCUAGACCUUCCCGCGUGUACAGAAUUGUAUGAUAUUCAGCUUCGGGAUAAUUUUCUCACCAGUGUGAUUCCUUAUUCUUUUACAAAGCUUCUGAAGCUCAAAACUGUCAUGUUGCAGAACAACAUAUUCCAGGGUCCACAACCUGGUUUUUCAAAUGGUGUCCAGUUGAUUCUUGGAACUUCUAACAAUUUUUGUAAUCCUAGUCCCUGUCCAUGUGAUCCACAUGGGAGUGUGACUGUUAUCAAUUUUGCGAAGCAGAAUUGGGUUGGGACCAUAUCACCAGCCAUUACCAAUCUCAGUAAAAUAAAAACUGUCCUUUUGAACGACAACAACCUUACCAGUACCAUACCAGAUAGCUUGACCAGUUUGAAGCUGCUCCAGCUUCUUGAUGUCUCCAAAAACAAUCUUUCUGGUAAAAUCCCACAGUUUUCUUCAAGUGUCACACUAAAAACAACUGGAAAUAAGUACAUUGGGAUAGAUUUGCCCCUAAUUCCCCUCCUGUGCUAUGCCAAAAAGCGCAGUGCAAAAUACAAAUGGGUUAAUGGAAGUGAACUUGGAAAUAGCGAAAAGGAGAAUGAGACUAGGGAAAAUGUAAAAAGCACCAGCAAGACUCUUAUUCGAAGUAGCUGUGAAAAGAGCGAUUAUCAUGUGGGCGGAUUUGGGGUUGUUUAUAGAGGACAACUCCACGAUGGGAUGCAAAUAGCAGUUAAAAGGAUGGAAUCAAUUAUUUUAAGUGACAAGGGGAUAAACGAAUUCAAGGCUGAAAUCGAAGUGCUUACAAAGGUAAGACACAGAAAUCUUGUCGCGCUUCAUAGAUUUUAUGACAAUGGGAAUGAAAGACUUUUGGUCUACGAGCACAUGUCACAAGGGUCAUUAGGGCAGCAUUUGUUCCAUUGGGAGGAGUUGGGGCUUAUGCCUCUCACUUGGAACCAAAGAGUGACAAUAUCACUAGAAGUUGCUAGAGGAGUCGAAUAUAUACACAGCUUAGCACAGCAGAGUUUCAUUCAUCGAGAUUUGAAACCUACGAACAUUCUUCUAGGAGACGACAUGAGGGCUAAGGUUUUUGAUUUUGGUUUGGUGAGGAGUGUUCCGGAUGGAAAGUACUUAGUCGAGACUCGGUUAACUGGAACCUUCGGAUAUCUUGCACCAAAAUAUCCUGGUAUUUAUCAGUUUUUGUUAUUGAAUAUCCUAUAUUAUAAUCUGGCUUUCAUACAGCAAUAUACUCUUCAUUCUUAA